CGCCGAGGUCGCUUAAUCUCCACCCGUGCUCGAAUCGGCUUCUUCCAUUGGCUGUGAAUCGAUCGUAUCUGAAUUCUGAAUAUCCGGCUUAACCGGAGGUACAUCACGGUGCUUCUUCUUCUCGAGCGCUGGCCGGAUCGAGGUCGUGUCGUCUUCCUUUUCCAACGUCGUCGCCAUGUCGUCCAUCUGGUACACCACCACCAAGAAGCCCACAUCCUCAGGCCUCAAACACGAUGUGCAUCUCUACACUUGCGAUCAGUGGACUCUGCUUAGUAAAAUCGUCGUAGGAGGCUUCUUCUUUGCCUCCUUCCUCUUCGCGCUCAUAAUCUCCGGUAUCGCCUUGUCGGCGACGUCGCACCCGCGUGCAAAGCCCGCCGCCGCCGCCGCCACGGCCACGGCCAACGCGGCGCAACCUCCGCCGCCCAAGCCUAACCUCUUCAUCCGGCUGGGAGAUGUCGAGGGGCUGGGUCCCUGCGCCUCGCCGCCGGCGUCACCGGCUUUCCAGCUCAUCGUCGACGCGGACUGGCUACCGCCGGGCUACAGGUACUGCAGCGGAGGCGGGAACUCGAUGCUGCGCGUCUCCCACCGCGGCAUCGUCCUGGCGUGGGGACACGUGCCGUGGUUCUGUGUCCAAGGCAGAGGUCCGAGCGACGAGGAUGGCGAUGGCGGCGUCGACGAGGUGGUCACCGUGGAGGCAAGGGCGGACGGCGCCGUGCUGCGCGAGGAGGUGCGCAGGUCGGUACGGACCGAUCUGUGCGUCGAGGGGAAGGCUCGGUUCUCCGUGGAGGGAGAGGUGGCCGGACUGGGAUAUCUUCGCUGCCAGACUUCACUGUUCCAAGACAAAGCUACUGAAACUGAGGAGCCCUGUCCCUGCCUCGUUCAAUAAUGUAUCCAAUCCAUAUCUCUGUCAUAUGGCUGAGGCCGGAUCGUCUUAUCUCUUUUUUUUGUUAUUAGAUUAGAAAAUUAGAUCAUUACUGUAUUAGUGAUUACUGCUUAUAAUUAGCUUCAUUUGUUUCUCAAAUUAUUAUUCUUUCAACUGCUCCACAACUGUUUUUGAGUCGA